AUAUAAAGUAACGUAUGAGGGUAGUUCAGUCAUUACACAGCCUCUUUACACACUAGAUGAGAUACUUUGGACCAAUCUCUGAAUCCAGGAUGAAGAUUGUGGUUCUGCUGCUUGUGGUCAUCUCUGGAUGUUGUGCCGAGGAGAAUUUGCUUGGUGCAUCUUUCUUGUUUUCUAAGACUACUAGCUCAGAUAGAGUGAUUUUGAAGCCCAUCAUUACCGAACCUUUGAGAAGUAUCACUGUCUGUCUGCAGUCCUAUACAGAUCUCACCCAGAGAGAUUCCCUCUUCAAAUUGCAGAAUCAAAAUGUGUAUCCGUUCCAUCUCUACCAAGUCUCAAACAUUUACAACAUUAAAAUAGACCGAGAUGAAGUUUCCUUUAGGAACAGCGGAGAGAGAAUGGAGUUGAGACUCAUCUGUGUGUCCUGGGAGUCCAGCAAUGGUGUCAUCCAUUUUGUUGUCAAUGGGAAACUGUUUCCCAGGAAAGUCUUAAAGCCAGGUUUCAGCAUAGUCCCAGGGUUUACUGCGGUCCUCGGGCAUAAUCUUGCAGUUUCUGAUGCUGGUUUUGGAGUAGGAGGACCCUCAUAUGUGGGUGAAAUUACAAACGUUCACAUGUGGGAUCAAGCUCUUCACCCCAGUGAGAUGCAAUCAAUGUAUUUUAAUAAUUGUCGUAAUUGUAGUGGAAAUGUCAUUAACUGGGAGUCCGUGGACUAUAAGAUUUAUGGAGACAUCCUCUUGUAUAGGCCAUCAAUGAAACCUUAGUUGGUCUAAAUUACUGAGGAAAUCAUCAUAUUAUUUGAUUAAAAUUGUAGGGAUGCUAUUUUUAGGUGAACCUGUGGGACCCCUACUUACCAAAAAACAGGAAACCCCUAACCCCAGUUAGGCAAGUCAGGCAGAUUGCUGCAUAUAGUUAACAGGAUGGAGAAGCUUGAACCAGGUGGUCACUGAAGCCUGGAAAGUACACUUGACUGUUUACGUACCACUACCUUACAUAGGCUUUUUCAGUUGCUGCAAGGCUAUCUUUACUUGCCGAACUAGGGUCAGGGAUCCACAUUCUCCUCCAUAUUUAAGAUUCCCACCUAUCUGACAUUUUUGUAAGAAAAAAACCCACAAUGGCACAACAUAGGGCGUUAUCCCAAUAAAAGAAGAUGGGGGAUAUGCAAUGAAAUAUGCCCAUCAUGGAUGGUUGUGCUGGGAGCACAACAUCCAUGUAGACACAUAGAUAAGUGUGGCUGCAACCCAAGGUCCAUCUAGAAAGCUUGUGGAACUGGUGAAAAUUAGAAGUACAUCCUGGAAAAAUGAAGUGUACAAGGAGCCGCUGAGGGUAGAGAAUCCCGAGGUAUAGUCCCUUUGACCAUUUUUUACAAUGCAAAAGCAACUUUUUUCAGGACUGGAUUUUUUUUACAGUGUAAAAGCAAUGCGUUUCAGGACUGGACUAGUCCAGUCCAAAAACACGUUGCAUUUACAUUGUAAAUAAAUGGUCAAAGAGACUACAUCUCAAGAUCCUCUAUUCUUGGUGGCGCCUGGUAUAGUCCUUUUUUCCAGGACAUAUAUUUGACAUUUAUUACAUAAAUACUGCAUAAGUGGGGCUUCUUGGUCUCGCUUUAAAAUCUGUAAUAGGGACUUCAGUCACCUCACAUAGGUUAAACAUAAUAAAAAAAUGUGUUUGCUGGGAAUAUACGCAAUUUAAUUGUAACAUUUGAGGACCCCAGCACUCGUAAUAAUUAUCUUCAGUUCUUUGGUCCAUAUCUAUUAAAAAGCAAUCAUGAGCAGUCCGAGAUGAAGCUAACGCAUUACAUGUCCUAUAAUGUAUGUUAUAAUGUUCUUUUAUAAUACACAUUUGAUUUAGUCAA